AUGUCUCUAGGCCGUGUCUCAUACUUAGAGUCAUGGGAGCAUCAUCCGCCGGCGUUCAUUCGACGACCUAGUUUCGGUGACGGGCCAGCAUCUGGCGACGAAGAAUCUAUCAAUCGGCAUUCUCGAACACAAAGCCCAGACCCACACUUUUCUCCUUCUUCAUUACCGUCAAGCUUUCCAAGUAGGGCUAUUCAUCACAAGCUGAGCUUCAAUCCUAUUGCGGGAAGAGGUUGGGCUCAUAGUUCUUUAACCGCGCCGGAUGAAGAGCAGAGGCCGUUGUUUCGGCCUGAUGUUAGCCCUGAUUUGACUAUUCAAGAUGCGGGUCCAGCGAGACUUGCAGAAGACGGCAUUGCAGCUGAGAAUGUUUUUCAGGAUCCGAAAUGGGAUACUGCAGAGACAACACCAGCUUUUGAAGUGAUAGUGGCGGUUAUCUACUGUUUGCUUGCUGCUGGUCCAGUUUUUGGGUUCGCCGCUAUCAAACCGGUAUUUAUACGAGAGGGUGUGUAUCGAAAUCGAUGUACUAGUGACGAACUGGAGCAUGGAUUUGGAUUAUGCUAUGGGCAAGAAACUCGACUGAAUUUGAUGUUCACCAUCGCAGCAGUUGCCACAAACAUUUGCGCCUUACCUGUUGGCACGUUGCUCGACACUUAUGGUCCCAGAGUUAGCGGUAUCGUCGGAAGCGUCCUCAUAGCUAUCGGUGCUGUUCUAUUAGCCGUUGCCUCUAAGAUUCCAUUCGAUGUAUAUAUUCCUGGAUACCUUUUCCUCGCAUUAGGUGGUCCUUUCGUGUUCAUCUCGUCAUUCCAGCUAUCGAAUGCCUUUCCUUCACGUUCCGGUCUGAUUCUGUCGCUUUUGACUGGUGCUUUUGAUGCGUCAAGCGCUCUGUUCCUUGUCUUUCGAAUUAUCAACGAGAAAACCGAGGGCACUUUUACCGUCCAAAAGUUCUUUACAAUCUAUCUGGUUGUUCCGGUAUUCAUUCUACUCGCCGAGUUGUUCGUCAUGCCGGGCGCAUCUUACAAGACAGCGGGAGAGCUUGUCCUUCAAGCAGAACAGGUCAUUGUUGCGGAAGCCAAUGACACUAUUGACGAAUCACUGCCGGAACCCGACGAGGCCGAAAGGCAACGCGAGAAUCGCCGUGCCGAACGACAAGAUAUCGUCAAUAACAUACAAGACCUUCUUGAAGGCUCCACAAGCCGGAAGAUUGAUGACAUUAUCUUUCACGAAAACGCCCCGGCAGCUGUAAACUACCAAACCCAGGAGUCUAUUCAAAAACCCGACACACAGCCUCCAGCAUCCAACGACAUCAAACACAGGUCAGGAGGCGUCUGGGGUGCUAUGCACGGAGCCUCCGCUCUGCAGCAAAUCCGUAGUCCAUGGUUCAUUCUGAUUACUGUGUUCACGGUGUUGCAAAUGCUUCGCAUUAAUUACUUUGUGGCCACAGUCCGCUCUCAGUACGAUUAUCUUCUUGGCUCACCAGAACUUGCUCGACAGUUAAACGAGUUCUUUGACCUUGCUCUCCCGGUCGGAGGCCUCAUUGCCAUCCCGUUCAUUGGCACGGUUCUUGACAAUGCCAGCACUGCAAUGGUCCUCUUCGCAUUGGUCACCACAUCCACAAUUAUUGGUAUCCUUGGUUGUAUUCCCGGCAGUAUUGGGUUCGGAUACGCCAACGUCGUUCUGUUCGUAGCUUAUCGUCCAUUCUAUUACACCGCGGUGUCCGACUACGUAGCAAAAGUAUUUGGAUUCCAGACAUUCGGCAAAGUGUAUGGACUGGUGAUUGCUCUUGCAGGUAUUUGUAAUUUUCUGCAGACGGGUCUUGAUGCUUUGACGUUCAAGGUCUUUGAUCGAAACCCGACGCCGGCCAAUGUGGUAUUGACUGUUCUGGUUGCUGUUGUCGGAUCCUUCCUGGUGACUUAUGUUUCUUCCAAAGCUCGCGAAUUGGCGCACUCGCAGACUGAUAUGACCGGUGAGGAGCAGGCAUUGAUAUCGGAGGGCCAGAAUGGGCGCCAGAGCGGGGGUUCGUACGGGGCGGUUUGA